AGUUCGAUUUUGGCUGCAGAGAGGGAGCAGAAAAUGGCUUCUUUUAUUCAUCUCCCCUUCCUUUCCUCUUCCCUUCUUCCCUUUCUCUUUCCUCCCGUCUCCUCCGCGGGGUGUCUGCACACACAACUCAAUGCCUGGAUGUCCUCCAUCGCUUCAGAGGAGGGGAAAAACAAGUUUAAAGCCCUUUCGAAGCCCCCUAAACCCCAGCCCCGUUGUCUUGGUGCACCAUCCCUCCUUCCCCCACGGCUUCGUUCCGGCGGGUGGGAUUCCUUUCCGAAGCUGCCCGUGACGCCGUGUGGUCUUGACCUCUUUUAUUUUUAUUCCUUUAGGAGGAUGGCAAAGGCUCGGGGGGAAUCAAACGGACGGAGCUGCUGGUGAAGGCUUCAAAUAAAAUAAGAAACAAAGAAAGGAAAAGGCAAAACUUGCAGGAAAGCUCCGCGAUCCAUGCUUGAAGUCGCCCUUUUCUUCCCGGCAGCAGGGGUUUGGUGGAAGCGAUGGAGCCGUACGUGCUGCUGGACCCGCGGCAGAGAGCUCUGUAUCGCGACGUGAUGCAGGAGAGCUACGAGACGCUGAUGGCACUGGAAUUCCCCGUUUCCAAGCCUGAUCUGCUCUCCCGCUUGGAUCACAGGGAUGAACCUACAGCCCUGGAUCUCCACGUGCCCAGGGACACCUCAACUGCAGAGGACGGAGCGCGAGUGGAGCAGGAACCUCCUCAAGAAGAAGCUGCUGAGAAAGAACCCAAACCACUUCAGGUGGUGAAACCGGUGGGUGAGGAGCAUCCCUUGAGCCCAGCGGAGGCCGGAGCGAAGCCAGGUGGGAGUGGGCUGUCACCAGAGGUGUCCCCGCGUCCCAGCGAGAGCAAACCCAGCAACGUGUGUGGAGAGUGUGGGAAGAGCUUCAGCCACAAAUCAGCCCUGGUGAAGCACCAGAAGAUCCACACCGGUGACCGUCCCCACGAAUGCGCUGACUGCGGCAAAUGCUUCAUCCAGCGCUCCGACCUCACCAUCCACCAGCGCGUCCAUACGGGCGAGCGGCCCUACGCCUGCCCUGACUGCGGGCGCCGCUUCAGCGUCAGCUCUUCGUUACUCACCCACCAGCGGACGCACGCACCCGGCGGCGAGAAACCCAACCGCUGCCCUCAGUGCGGCCGCAGCUUUGCCGAUCCGGUGGCUCUGGACCGGCACCAGAAGAGCCACUUGGGUGGGAAACCGUACGAGUGUGGAGUGUGUGGGAAAGCCUUUGCCUGGAGCUCCCACCUGGAGCGGCAUCGGCGCAUCCACACGGGCGAGAAGCCCUUCCAGUGCGCCAAAUGCGGGCGAGCCUUUGCCUGGAGCUCCCACCUCGACCGCCACAUGCGCACCCACGCUGCUGCCGCUGCCGCUUCGGAGGAUGAGGAGGAUGGAGAGGCAGCGGAAGAGCCUCCACCACCUCCCCAGAAAUGUGCCGACUGCGGGAAACGGCUCAACCACCAAACAGAUCCGCAGCGCUUUAAGCACAAGGGUACCCAGACGCCGCCAGCUGGUGCCGAGCCCACCGACAGCCCCCCGCGGCCCUUCUGCUGUGAACAGUGCGGCAAAUCCUUUGGCCAGAGCUCCAACCUCCUCAAACACCAACGCGUUCACACCGGCGAGCGGCCCUAUCCCUGCCCGGAUUGCAAACGCUGCUUCCGUUGGGGCUCGGCUCUGGCCAAACACCGGCGCACUCACAGCCGGCAGGAGCACGCAGGUGACACUGCUAAAGCCAUGCCAGCAGCCACGGAGGAAGCUGGUGCCGGAGGUGGUGGAAAACCCUACCCAUGCGGGGCGUGCGGGAAGAGUUUUGGCUGGAUUUCACACCUGGAGCGCCAUCGCCGUAUCCACACCGGGGAGAAGCCAUUCCGCUGUGGGGAGUGCGGACGGGCGUUUGCCGUCGGUUCCCACCUGGAACGGCACCGCCGGGUCCACACCGGCGAGCGGCCCUAUCGCUGCGGUGACUGUGGGAAGAGCUUUGCCGUCAGCUCCACGUUGUUGGCUCAUCGCCGCACCCAUGCCGCUCAACCGGGACGGCCUCACGUUUGCUCCGAGUGCGGCAAGGGUUUUAGCACACCGGUCAGCUUGGAGCGGCACCGGCGGCUUCACCGCGGGGAGAAACCAUACCAGUGUGGUGUCUGUGGCAAAGGCUUUGCCUGGAGCUCCCACUACGACCGGCACCGGCUCACCCACACCGGCGAGAAACCCUUCUCCUGCGCCCACUGCGGCAAAUGCUUUGGCCGCAGCUCCCAUCGCAACCGGCACCAACGCGCCCACGCGCAAAGUGCUUCGGAGAAGCAGCACGUCUGUCCGGAAUGCGGCAAAGCCUUCGGCCUCGGCACAGCUUUGGCAGCUCACCAACGACUUCACGCCGCCGCUGCCGGCACCGCAGGUCGCAGCUCCCUUUCCUUACUGCCUCCUGCCUGGUGGGAAGGCGAGAGGCGAGGCGGGACGCUCACCCCCUCGGAGCUCUGGCCUGAAGAGCCAAGCUGUGUUUUCCAGCAGCAUCCCAUGCCUUCCUCCUCCUCUUCCUCCUCGUCGGCAGCCGCCAGGCCUUGGGCUGCCAAAGCUCUCGCGCCUCCCGCCGUGGCGUGGAGGGCUGGGGAAGGGGACACCUUACAAAGCGAUGUCCCCCAGGAGCCUUGGAAUUCCCUGCCUCCUCCCAGCUCCUGAGUUGGGCUUUGAGAGGGCGCUCGGAGCUGAGGUUUGGGGCUGGUUUGUCCCUCUGUCCCCACGGAGACCCCCCCGGAUGGGUGUCAGGAUGGGGAAGGAGCGGUGGGAAGGGGGGAAAACUGGGAG